AUGAGUGACUAGGAUUCUGGUCCAAACUUUCCACAGACUCUCCAAGUCUCAAAUCAAAUAGAAAUCGCAAAUCGAACCUAUAGCGAAAUCCUUAUGGAACAGAUUGUCAACGACGACGACUUCUUGUAUCAAUCCAUGAUUGAUGAUGAUCAAUACUCAAGAGCCAAAGUCAUACCUACCAUAGCCAAUCAAACCAUCAUCUACAGAAAUACAAUAGACAUGAAGAGAUAACAACCAAACAUAUUUUAAAGAUGCUUUGGAAGUAAGAAAUCUUCCAACAAGGUUACAAUGGCAGAGAUUAUUGAUCUUAGACAAAAAGAGUUAUUUAAUGAUUAUGUAUAUGAGACUGAAAAGGAUGGAUUCCUAAAGGAUGUCUAAAAGUACAUUCAUAAAGUCAAAGUUCUUGAACCAGACUCUUAAUUUUACAUACUUUGGUAGGUUCUAAAUAGUAUUUUGGUCGUUCUCUUCUUCUUUUAAAUACCUUUCAUAUUUGCUUAUUAACCCCUUAUACAGGAAAAUAAAUCAAAUGACUAUUAGGACUUCGAAACUUUUGCUCUAAAUAUAGCAAUCUGUAUAUUUAUUAUUGACAUUGCUCUCACUUUCAAUAUUGCUUUUUACAAAUAAGGAUAUUUGGUAAGUGGAAGAAAACUAAUUGCUGUAAACUAUAUAAAAACUUAUUUCUUCCUAGAUCUAAUCCCCUUAUGUUGUUUAAUUGAGUAUCGAAUAUUUCUUCACAAGGACACGUAAUUUGGAAUUACAAUAUUCUUAUUCAUUCUUAAAAUUUACGAAGUCUUUAAAACAAGUAAGAUGAUAUAAGAAUAUUUGUAAUUGGAACCUUAAAAAUUGGCAAAAUAUAGAUUAUUGAUUGUUAUGUUGACAAUCACAUGGUUGUGUCAUUUAUUUGCAUGUGUAUUCUUUUUUGUGGGAAGAAGGGAGCUAUGUAAAGGAGAUGAAAGUGUAUCUUGGCUAAGUGAAAGUGAUUUGAUCACAAUGCAUGGUGGAUAUACUUAUUUGAAAAAACAUAUAUUUGAACUGCAUUUAUACUCAUUUUAUUGGGCAGUCACUACGAUGAUUUCAGUGGGUUAUGGAGAUGUAACACCUAAAAAUGCUUAUGAAGUUCUUGUUACUGUGGUGACUUAAUUCAUCUCUUGUAUCGUUUUUGCUUAUUCUGUUAAUGCAAUUUGGGAGAUGAUUAAUUAAUAGAAUGAAAAUAAACAGAAAUUUCAAAAGUAUGUUAAUGCUAUAGAAAGAUUUAUGCGAGAACACAAUGUGGAUAGAAAAUUAAAAGCUCGAAUAGAAGCCUACCUUUAUCAUCUAUGGGAAUCUGAAAAAGCUAGGGAUCACGAACUGGAAUAAGCCAUGAUUCUAAAAUUAGCUCCUGCUCUCAAGGAAGAAUUAAUUUACUAAACCCUAGGCAAGAUGCUCAAUCACAACCAAUUUUUCAGUUACUUCUAAUAAGACCUCUUAAUUGAGUUGGCUUAAGACAUCUAAUAACAAUACUACUCACAAGAGGAAGUGAUAUUCCAAGAAAGAGAAGAAAUAGAUGACUUUCCAGUCUUCUUUCUAACAAAGGGUUCAGUGGAAAUAUACUUAGAUAGCGAUAAACCAAUCAAAUUACAUAUAAUGAAAUCCGGCAUUUUCGGAAUAGUAGCUUUUAUUACUGGUUAUAAGAGAACUGCUUCAGCUCGUUGUUUAACAUAUUCAGUUAUCUACAAAUUGUCUAGAACUCAAUUUUUAAAAAGACUAGAGAAGUAUUCUAUUGAAAAAUAGAAAUUUUUUGAAAUCAGACAUCAAGUUCUCUUCAAUAACAACAAUGUUUAAUUAAAAUUAAAAUGCUACAUCUGUGAAAGUAAGAAACAUCUAGUAAUUAAUUGCAAAAAGACACUCUAUAUACCUGAAAAAAUGCCUAUUAUUCUAGAGACUUAUAAUCUAUAAAAUUAAAGAGAUCAUCUCUAUUAAAGAAGAGUAGUUAAACAAUAAUUCAAAGCUCUGUCUCACAUACGAGAAGUGUAGGUUAAUGCAGUAGCCAUUAAGAAGUACUUCUAAAAUAUCACAUUCACUCAAAAUUCAAGUGAUGAAGACAUAGAGUAUAGUUCAGAUGUGGAUGAUUAUGAGGAGGAGAUGGAGGAUAUUAAGAAGAUAGUCGAGUAAGAGAAAGAAAAGGCAUAAUUAAGAAAGAGAGGGCAAUGGGUAGCUGAUGAUGAUUAUGAGAUGAAGAUUGAUGAAAGUAAGGACAAUCAUAGUAUAGAGUUAUCAGAUGGAUAAAGAAAGUCUUAGUAAUUGAUUAAGCAUUCAGAUGAGGAAAUCAAAAAGAAAUCAAAUCUCACUAAAAAAAAGAAAUUCUAAAGUUUCGUAAAAUUAGAAAAACUUAGAAAUGUUAGAACAUCAUCUAUGUCUAGUCUUACACCGAUCUAAGAAUAAGUCAAGAAGGCUGUUCCUGUGAAAAAAGACAAAGGCAUGAGUGCUCUAUUGCCUAACAAUUACUUAGCUCAAAGGAAGAAGAGUAAAUUGUUGUAAUAAAAUGAAAUUCCAAAUUGUAACAAAUCUUAGUAGAUUCCCCAAUAAAAUGAAAAGUAUGAGAAGGUACAAUCUCCUGAUCGACACAUUUAUAAUGAAUCUAAAAAAUCAGAACUUCUAAGAAAGAUGAAAUUUCUUUAGAUAGCUUAGCCUAAAAAUAAAGAGAUUUAAUCUAUCAUAGACGAACUAAAAAAUUAUAUUUAAAAUAGUUAGAAUUUACAAGGCAGUGUUACCAAGGAACCUGGCUCUGUGUUGAAGACUGAGAAGGUUGAUAAUAAUAUUUAGUAAAUGGAGAGUCACUCUGAUGUUGAUAGCUAAUUUAGUAUUGAUCAUAUGGCGAAUUAUGAUGCUUACUUUUAGGAAGAAAAUCCAGAAAAAGUGAUAAAGAAAUAUAAAAAACAAACUAAAGAUAAGAUCAAAUAAAGAAGGACUACAAUGAUGAGACAAUUUGUUUGA